CAGGCUCUCUCCGUCUCUAUCCACGGACCACACGCACGGCCGCCGCUGCUCCAUCCGCCUCUCCAUCCUCCAUCCUCACGCUGCCACUGAGCUCCCCAAGCCCCUCACCAGCCUCUGCUCCCCAUCUCUCCGCUCUGCUCUGGGCCAUUCACUCACGCAGCUCUCCUCGCUCCGCUCCGUUCCCCUCCGCCCAACCACGACCGCGAGCGCCUCCUCCAGAUCGGCGGGUGGGCACCGGCCGGCGAUGACAUCCGCCGUCGCCACCACCGUCGGGUGCGGGGGGCUCCCCUUCCGCCCGGCCUCGACGGCGCCCACAGGACGACCCCGCGGCAGAUGGGUUGUCCGAGCUCAAGCCGCAGGAGCGGAGGCAGCCUCCGACGACAAGUCGGUGGAGAUCAUGCGCAAGUUCUCCGAGCAGUAUGCCCGCCGUUCCAACACCUUCUUCUGCGCGGACAAAACCGUCACUGCCGUUGUCAUCAAGGGACUUGCUGAUCACAAGGAUACACUCGGAGCUCCUCUAUGCCCUUGUAGGCAUUAUGAUGACAAAGCUGCCGAGGUAGCACAAGGAUAUUGGAACUGCCCAUGCGUUCCCAUGCGUGAGAGGAAGGAAUGCCACUGUAUGCUUUUUCUUACUCCCGACAAUGAUUUUGCUGGAAAGGACCAGGCUAUCUCCUUGGAGGAGAUCAAAGAGGCGACAUCAAAGUUCUAACCCCGUGUAUUUUUCGCCAAAUGUUUACUUGACAGCUAGUUUUCUUUCAAAUGCACAUGUACUUAUGUAGUAGCAUCUAUAAGAUAUGCCACCGGAGAAAUUUUUUCAUAAGAUGUGCAGUAAACAGCACUUCCGAGGGCUGUCGACGUGUCGAUCCUAUAUGGCCAUAAGAGCUCCUUUGUUGUAUCUGGGCUCCAUUUCUUGAAUUAAGCGUAUGGAAUACGUCUGUUCUUGACUGUUA